CUCCAUGCUGGUGUUCUUCGUCUUGUCAACGUCGCUCACGGGCCUGGCACUGACCUACUGGUACAGAGACUGCGAUCCAAUGCUGACAGGAGCCAUCACGCGUUACGACCAGGUGGUUCCCUUCUACGUAGGCGAAAGCCUGGCGGACGUCGCAGGUCUCCGAGGGCUCUUUCUCUCCGGUCUCGUGGGAGCGUCCAUCAGCACGGUUUCGUCAGUGGUGAACUCCCAGGCUGCCACAUUCUACGUGGACAUUGUCUCCCCGAACAUAGACCUGGGGAGAACACAAGCAGUCUGGGUGACACAUCUUUUAGAAUUCGGCAGCGGUACGCUGAUGACAGCUUUCGCCGUAGUGGUGCCUCACGUGGGUACGGCGACACGG